AUGAAUCUAGUGGAAUCGCUCGACCAAUUGUCAUCAGCUAGUGCUAAAAAAGCGAAAAAGGCAAAGAAACAACAUUUUAACGAUGGAAUGAUCGAUGCUGGUGACAGAGAAGCAAAGAAACCUUUCCACUCGUCAACUGGCCUUGCAGUGGCGGUGAUGUACAAUGUGCUCAUCUUCGCGUACGCGUGGUAUACGAAAAAUUAUUUGGUAAUGAUGCUAGUAAUUGCAAUAUGGAUGGUCUGAAAUCUGUGAAUACAAACUUCAAAUGAAGCAAGCAGAAUCUCUGGUGGAGAUUUUAAUGAAACAAACUACGGGUUAAUUAAAAAUAAUUUUAUAAGAUUCUUUAUCGAAAGUUUAACUUGAAAGCCUCGACAAGUAUGGCACCUGAUGUUUUCGUGAACAUGACGAUAAUGGCGAAUGCUACAGAGGAUUUUAUGAAAAUUAUGACUCUGCUGUGCUGA